AUGCUUCGUCAUGCUCUGCUCAACGAGUCCGCCGUGGUGUCACCGAUUUCGGUGAUCUUCACCUUGGUGAUGCUCCAAACCGGAGCCAACGGAAUAACGAAGAUGCAAAUUAAUGAAUUGAUUGCAAAAGCGACACUUUUUGGUAAGCAAUUCAAUGUACAAAAGGAUUACAUGGAUAGAAUUGUUGAAAAGUACCAUUCACAAGUGGACGCUCUGGAUUUUUCGAAGUUACAAGAGGCAGCAGAGGUUAUUAACGGAUUUGUUAAUAAGUCGACUGAAGGAAAAAUUCGUGACCUUGUUAACGCCGACACUGUCAAGGUUGACGCCGUCUCGCUCGUUGUCGAUGCCAUUUACUUUACUGCCGAAUGGUUGCAGAAAUUUUACAGCAGCUCCAAUUCAAGUGAGGUGUUCUACAGCGCUGAAAAUGUUAGCAGAGGGGUGGAAUUCAUGAAUGAUUUCCAAGUACACGGACAAUAUGCAGAGGAUGAUGAAGUAGAAGUUUUGUCGCUUCCAUAUCAGGACGAUUCUUAUGCUUUCAAUAUAAUUCUACCUAAGAAAAGGUGGUUGGUCACAACACUUCGUUUUUCCAUAUUUUACAUAUCAGAGCUUUGUGUUCAGAUUUCGUUUCUGAUCCGUUCGUUCAAAACUUGA